AUGGCUUCUGUUCUAAAAGCUGGGCAAUACCUCCGAGGCAAGCUUGGUUCUUACUGCCUUUCGGAGAAACUCCAUGAGCAUGCAUGGACUGCAAUUGAGAGCAAGAUGGGAAAGGUUGUUGUGAAGACCGCACCAACCUAUCGUUUAGAAAACGAACGCGACGUUCUCAAGCGCUUCCAUGGUCAGCCAUCUAUCCGUCCGUUACUUGAUGAGAUCCUUGAGCCACCCUGCCUAGGCCUGAAAUACUUGGAUGACCAUUCGUUACGUGCUUCGAACCAGAGGCAGUUGGAGAAAUCCGACGUUGAAUUCAUUGCGAGACGGAUUCUCGAAUCAUUAGAUGCGCUUCACAGCGCUGGAUACGUGCAUACAGAUAUCAAACCCGACAACAUUCUCGUGAACUACGGCAGCGGGCCUGGCAGAUUUAGUGACGUCCAGCUUGGUGACUGCGGCGACGCCUACCGAAUUCCUCCUAACGUGAAUCCAAAGGAAGAUGGAGAACUUAUUGGUGCUGCAAUGUUCCGCAGCCCAGAAGCCACCCUGAAUCUCCGCUGGUGCACACCGACUGAUGUACGGUCCUUGGGCGCUACACUUAUAAGUUUGAUCUGGGGGAAAAAAUUUCAUAUCUUCAAGCCCGCUGAGUUCAAGCCCGAAGAUGAAGAAUAUCUAGUCCAUGUUUUCAUCAAGCAAAUCAGUUUCUUCGGCCCAUGGCAUACGAGAUUCCAGGAGAUUGCCGACGAGGAUAGAUGGGCCAAAUGUAUCCCGUUCAUACUAGUCGAGGACGAGGAGGUCACGACGGAAGACAAAGUGUUCUUGUGCAAGUUGAUGAAACUUGACCCAAGGGACCGGCCGAGUGCCAAAGAACUACUCGAGGAUGAAUGGCUUAGAGAGUCAUGA